AUGCUUCCCUGGCUCUUCAUCGUAGCUUCAUUGACUCUAGCAUUAGCUAGCCCGUCGGCAAAACGAGCGACAGUAUGCAAUGGACACGCUGAGUUGUGCGAUAGGAGCUUCGGCAAUGUCACCUUUUUCGGCUCGCAUGAUUCAUUUGCAUUUACCACUGAUCCCAUCGUUCUUGCUCGCGACCAAGAGGUCGACAUACCCACCCAACUAGGGCUGGGAGUUCGGCUCCUGCAAGCUCAGGCUCAUAUGCGCAAUGGGGCUCUGCACUUCUGCCAUACCAGUACGUAUCCAAGCCAUUGUCGCAUCCUCUUUGAUGGCGGAACCGUCGAAAACUACCUCAAAAAAGUCAAAACCUUCCUCGACGCAAACCCGAACGAAGUCCUCACCCUCAUAUUCACCAACCCCGAGGGCGUCUCCAUCCCAAACAUAUGGAAGCCCGCCUUUGAUAACGCCGGUAUUACACCUCUUGCGUUUGUCCCCCCUUCCAUCCCGAUGAAGGCGUCGGAUUGGCCCACGCUCGGCCAGCUAAUCGACUCUGGCAAACGCGUUGUCGUGUUCCUCGACGCUGGUGCCGACGGGCAAGGAAGCGGCAACUUUAUCCUGCCAGAAUUCCCUAUGAUUUGGGAAACGCCUUUCUCUCAGACAGACGCUUCUUUCCCUUGCCGCGUCGACCGCAUCCAGGGGCCCCUCUCCACCCAGGACCACAUGUACAUGAUCAACCACUCCCUCAACGUCAACAUCCUUCCAAUCGGAGAUGGGGUGCUCGUCAGCGACCCAGUAGACGCGCCAGUAACCAACGGUGUCACGUCCAUUGUGAAUCACGCCAAUGGCUGCGCGCAAUUCGCUGCUGGAAGGGCACCGAACUUCGUUCUCUUGGAUUAUGUCAAUAUCGGCCAGGGCAAGCAAGCCGUUGAUAUCUUGAACGGAGUUGCGUAA